ACGAGGUUUUAUUGGGUGUUUGUCGUCACUAAUAUAUGUUCCUUUGAAACCUGAAAUUAGUAAUUUGUGGUAAAAUUAAUCUGUAUCGAUUGGUAUGGAUAGCCUGAAACAGGCUCAUGUUUUUUUAUCAUAGGUUAUGCUGCCCUAAAAUUCGCAGGCAACCCACCUAGACAUUUUAGGAUGGGCGGAAAAGUAGGGCUGUUUUCAGGCUAAAAUUGCCGAAAUUGUGACAUCCACGUUGACCAAUCACAAUCGAGCUUUCCGUUUCGCCUUUAAUGACGAAAUCACGAAAACAAUAUGGCGGAACAGCGAGAACAAGUCGAUGUGAACAGAGGGGAAAAUAAUGUCCAAAAUAUGAACUAUAACCAUCCCGAUUACUCGAAUUAUCAGCAGUAUUGGCAGUAUUAUUACUCCUAUUAUAUGUAUUACUACAAUUUUUAUUAUUACAUGCUUUUGUGUCAGAAUAAUGCGGGGUUUAUUGGGAAUGUACCUCAACAACAGUCAUUGCAUCAACAACAUGGAACAGUUCCUACCGCUCAGCUGAACGGUGCAAGAGUUCAGCCAAAUAAUGAACCAAAUCUUGGACGGCGAUUCUUUAAUGGCGGUCUUUUUGGAGUUUUUGCCGUUGAAAGGAGGAGAGAGCCUGAGGAACGAUAUGAAUAUAGAGUUGCUCCAUUAGGAAAAAGAGUGUUUGCUGAAUUCAUUGAUUUUGUUUUCUUGUACUUUAUCAAGUAUUCAUUAUUUCUGUUAUAUUACAAGGAUCCAGACAAGCUCAACACCCAGUUUCAAUAUAUCCUGGUGAUAGACGAUAACACAAGCAUCAAAGAUCUGGAGGAUGUUCUUUUUCAAGCCCUUAUUUACCGGUUCAUUGUGUUUCUUUAUGAGGCUCUAUUUAUUGCCAUGCCAUUUCCAUGUACAAUUGGUGGGGCAACAUUGGGGAAAUACAUGAUGGGAAUAACAGUUGUCCAAUAUCUUAGUUUUACACCAAUUGAAGGACACAAUUUACGUCGAUUUACAGGAUAUGCCUCAAGGCUAUCACUAUGGCAAUCAUGCGUUCGAGCUACGUUGAAGAACUUCAUGAUUACAUUUUUCUUUCCCAUCAUAUUCACAACUAUGUUCUUGCAGAAUUUCCGAACGCCUUAUGAUUUUGUUGCGAGCUCGGUCGUUGUUGAUGCUUAUCCUAGAAGACUCAAUCAACGACAAAACUAGCUGUAACAAACAGCAAUCCUUUGCAU